AUGGAGAAUUGCAAUACACCUCGUAGUAUUUAUUCUGAAGAAACUCUGUCAAUGGGAUCCCAAGAUUGUUCUAAUCUAGAAACACCACGAGCUCGCAGUUCUAGACGAUCUCAACAACCUUAUUCUAGGUCUUCGUCCAACUCUAAAAAUCAGAUAGACUUAAUUUUAUCCAAACCCUUUCCUGAUCCUACUGCCCCUGAAGAAUUUGAGGAACCAAUCGUUAGCUGGGUUAAAAUAGAACGAAUUCUUCAAGUUCGCCGCUUUGCCCCCUUUUCGGAUGAAUAUCAAGCCUUUAAAGACUUGGUUCUUCAAUACGCUUUCUUUAUAAAAUACAAUGAUCAGUCAUAUUGGAAUUGCAGCUGGCGUACUGGCUCUGAGGUUUUACAAAUCAGUUCCGUUCAAUAUUUAAAAAUAUUUUUUAAAAGAAAUGCGGACCUAAUAAAAACAGCUGAUCAACUGUAUCGAGAAAUGGUUGCUGACAGUGCUAAUUGCGUGACAGACAGUGGCUUUAGUUCUUAUGAAUCUAAUAAGGUCUAUGAAAUCGGCGAGUCCAUAGUUGAAGAGCUCGGUAAGGAGGAAGAAACAGCGCCAGUUGCAUGUGGUUACUUCUACCCUCAUUUACUGAAGUUCGAACCAGAGAUAUUUCAACGCCGCGUCAAAUACUUUGAAGAGAAUGGUGUAGAACCCGAUUUCCUUUUUCCCGAGCGCGUCAUAAGUGUCAGUGAAGAACGUGCAGAACUUCAUGUUUUAAUGCCCCUAAAACGCAACUUUUCACACAGUAACCUCCCUGAAGAAGAUAGUCAGAAUCUUAAGGGUCUUCAAUAUCGUGAAGUCCUUGUUAAGUGGCGUGAAUUACCUGAGUAUCUGUCUACUUGGGAGACUGUGGAGGCUAGUUUGGGGCAUAUGGAUAUUGUGCUACCGAAAUAUCGUAGAUACGGGAAGGUUCCUAUGGAUCAUUGUCGACGGUUUCUUCUGCCCCAUUUCAUCCGCCGUCUCCUCGUUCAUCUUGCAAAUGCUCAUCAACAACAGAUAUCAGAUCUUCAUACUCUCUAUUUGAAUGAUCUGCCAUCUACACUGCAGCCGCCACUUGAUUGGGAGCAAAACUGGACCAACAAGCAGCCAGAUUACCUUUCCGAAGUCUUUGGAGGCAAAUUACAUGAUUACCAACUCGAGGGAAUUCGGUGGUUACGAAAAUCGUACUACGACGGCGUGAACACUAUUCUUGCCGAUGAGAUGGGUUUAGGCAAGACUAUUCAAAUCGUUGCCUUCCUCUAUUCUCUCAUAAUGGAGGACCGAAAUCCAGGCCCAUUUCUCAUAGCUGUUCCUGUCAGUGUAAUUGAGAACUGGGAACGCGAAUUACGUUACUGGGCUCCUCUUAUUCAGACCAAGAUCUUUUGUAAGGAGAGUGAGGAGAGUCGUUAUCUCAUUGCACGAAAGAAGAAUGUCCCCGCUACUCCUUCGUUCAAUGUUUUGAUUAUGAGUCAUGGAGACGCGGAUAAGAUGCAUAAGGUCCUCAAGCAAUUAAAAUGGAAAAUUCUUAUCGUCGAUGAGGCGCAUCACUUGAAAAAUAAGACUGCAAAGAUUUGGAGUAAUCUUAAAACCUUCAAUGUGAGCAGUAAGGUCCUACUCACUGGUACACCACUUCAGAAUAACAUGGAAGAAUUGAUUAACAUCAUUCAUUUCAUGGAUCCGGUCAAAUUUCCCAACAUUGAUGAACUGAAUGCUCAAUUGAACUCCAUGACUCCAGAAGAAAGAGCUGAGUACCUUCAGAACGCACUCAAGGACCACAUUCUUCGUCGUCUCAAACACGAUGUCAUCAAAAGCCUUCCCAAAAAGACCGAAAUCAUUGUCCCCCUUAGUAUGACUCCUCUCCAAAAGCGUAUUUACAAGCUAGUGCUUCUACGGGACUACCAGAAGCUCCGAACUCGGUGUCUCAUGAAUCCCUUGACGCAUCUUCAAAAGGUCUGCAAUCAUCCUUAUCUCAUGCCAGCUGGUGAUGAGGUAGCACCGCGAGUUGCUGUUCCAAUCGAUUCAAAAGAAAUACCACCCUAUGAGCCCACAGCUUUAAUUGAGAAUAGUGCUAAACUCCAUUUGGUUAUGCGCAUGCUUCGAGCACUUCGCCAGCGUGGACAUAGGGUUCUCAUUUUCUGCCACCUGGUUGCUAUGCUGGAUCUACUUGAAAUUGCACUUCAUAGUGAAGAGUUGCAUUUUGAACGGAUCGAUGGAAAAAUACGUGGGUCAAAAAGACAGGAAGCCAUUGAUCGAUUCAAUACCGGCCAAACUGGAUCCACUGUUUUUCUGCUAUCUACAAGAGCUGGUUGUGAAGGAAUCAAUCUCGCUACUGCCGACACCGUCAUUCUCUUCGACUCCGACUGGAAUCCCCACCGUGAUGUGCAAGCCUUGUCUCGCGCACAUCGCAUUGGACAAAUGCGCCAUGUCAUUGUCUAUCGAUUAGUGAUGCGAGGCACUGUGGAGGAGAGAGUUGUUGAAGUUGCCCGUAGAAAACUUGCUCUCACGCAAACCAUUAUGGAUGAGGGAUCCAGAGAUUCCCAGGAAGCGGCUUCUAAUCUCUCCCAAAGUGAGAUCUUCCACAUUCUCAAGACUGGAGUGACUGAACUCUUUGCGGAGGACGAAGAUACAGGCAAUAGUAACGCAACGGUGAACGGCAAGGAGAAUGAGAAGCCAAUAAAGCCGAUUGAAGCAAUGGAGACCGAAAAUGAGCAUGAAACGGGAGCUAUAGAAGAGACUAUGGAGGUUAACAGCGCACCGAGUGAAGUCGUAGAAGGUGGUGCAAGUACUUUGGAAAUCGAGGCUGUAGCUAACAGAGUGCAAAAUGGAGCUAAUCCAUCGACAAAAAAUGCUUCAUCUCGUGUAGAAGCAAUGGAGGUCGACGAAGCCCCAAAGGAUGACCACAUUGUACCUGAUACCGUCGAAGAAACUACAGCAGUUGAGGGAACAAAUGAUGAACCAGAAGCAACCUCGAACCCCAUUGAAGCAAAGCAGAGGCCAACUGCAAGAAGUAGAGUUCUGGUCUAUGAUGACGCAGCUCUGGAGCGUCUGCUUGAUCGAAAAACUCUCUCCAAGUCUGCCACCGCUAUAUCUGAUGAAGACGUCGAUUCCGCAGUUGAUUUUAAUGCCCCACCACUCGUCUUCCAUCCUUCUCUCGGUGAAGUUGAUGUGACCGAGGAGACGGACAUCUCUGAAAUGGGUGUAGAAAGAGUUAAUUGGCAGAAGUAUUGGGAUGACUUGCUGAAGAGGCAUUACGAGCGUCUGAUGGCCCAGGAGGCUGAAGCCAAGGUGCUUAGGGGUGCCUUGGCGUUCAGACAAACUCGUGAGUCCGCCGUUAAAUCUGCCAAAAUUGUGGUCAACACAGCCGUAGAGGAAAUUACAACUGUCACAACUAACACACGUGAGAAUUCUUCUGAUAAUGUAUCCUCUACCGCUGAUGUUCUUGCAACUUCAAUGGUCCAAAGUUGUGCUGAUCUUAACGGAAAAAGAGGGAAGGAAGGAGAGGACAAGCAGGACGGCAGCAUUGAAAGUGAUGACAGCUUUGAUGAUCAAGUAGCAGUCACAAGUUUUGCUUCUGGGCACGGUCGAAGAUUGCUAGAGGGUGAAUUCAACAAGCCCGAACCGGGUACUCAGGCUGCUUUGGCAGCAGCAGUAACAGGAUUUCCUCGCCGCAGCUUACGUCCCCCACGAAGAAGUGCCGCCGGAAUGGCAAACAUCCUUCAGCUUGAAGCGGAGACAGACAUUGACCCCUCAGAUGCGUCUUCGGUAGAUCAUCGUGUUCGAAGAGGGACCGCUGUUGAGGAGGAUGAAGAAUUCCUUCCUGAAGCUGAUGGUACAAAUCGGGGGUCUACCACUGUGGUUGCGGAACGCACGGAGGAAGGGGGUAAUAAUAGGGAGGUUCAAGCCAGACCUACCCCUGCUCGUCGUAAUAGACCUCCACGCAGAAGAAGGUAUUUGCGCUCAAGUCGAUGCACUGGUCCACACGGGGAGAUAGCGCGUCGAAUUCCUGACGAGAAGGAGAGACUAUUAGCAGCCCUCUAUCGUGAAAUCAACUGGGACGUGGACAGUCCGAACUCCUAUAGGCCUCUGAGGGAUCUUUCUCUCAACUACAAGUAUGUCGAGUUUGAAGACGAAAGUAUGAAAGUGUUUGGGCUCAAUGCUCACGAGCGUCAGUCCUACCUCGAAUGCCUUAUGAAAAAUGGUCUUCCACCCCCUGGUCCAAUUCCACCACCGGAAUGGUUGUCUACUUUGCUACUUACCAAGAGGCCUGAACAGAUCUUCGCCUAUCACACCCUUUUUAUGAGGCACUUGUUCCAUGAUUGCACAAUUAUGAAUCCUGAAGCUCUUUAUUGGUCCGAUGGUAUUCCCAAUGAAGGCGUCAAUCCCAUAGCUGUUUUGUCUCGACUUGGAGCCGUUUCCCUCAUCAGGGGCAAAGUUUUUGAAUUCGAAGAUUUCAACAUGGUUCCCAAAGUUUUCAAGAGGCCACAAUCUCCUUCACGAUUCGUUUUCGAUAUCUACGAAGGUGGCUUGACACUGCUUCGAAAAUACUGGGCGAAUGACGCAAAGAUCUUACGCAAUCGUAUGAAGGCAGCCGUAGUGACCUCAGAAUUUACAAUUGAAAGCUCUGCAAUGGUCCCGUCGUCAUCAAAAGCACCUCCAAAGCCUUCAAGAUGCAGGCGUUUCAAGGUCGACAAACGGCGCCUCUUCAGUGUUUUAAUGCGAAAGUGGAACUAUCGUCAUGACUACUACCUCCUUGCAGCAAUAUCUUAUCAUGGUUAUGGCAAUUUACAUGAUAUCUAUGACGAUCCUCGCUUUAAGAUCCUAAAUUUUGGUAUUGCCGACUAUAUUUUGCCUCCUUCCGAUCGAGAUGCUAUGGCUGUUAGAUUCUCCGAUGAGGAGUAUCUUCAAAAAUGUCGAGGAGCGAAAUAUCAUCCAGCAGGAAUUGCUUUUUUGCACGAUCGUCUGAGGGUUUUGGAGCAAGCAUUAAUAGUGGAGGUGAAAUUGGGGGAAGUUGUUUUGGCAUAUCAUGGUCAAAGUCGCCAAAACAGUUUUCAAACGCCCAAAAAUAACGUGGUUCGCAUUAGCCGUAACCUUCAUAUACGCGUAUCAGAUAAACUCGUUGGAAUUGGUCCGCUUAAACGGGUGAAGCUUCCUUGUGACCCAGAACGAGCUGAGGAAAUGAGAAGGCAUGUUGAUGAAUUGCAGAGGCUUCUAGAUGACUUGUACGCAGAUAUGCCUGGUCUUCCAGCGACAUUAAUAUGUGAUGGAGUAGAAUCUCAUCAGCCACGUUUCUUCCAAUAUAUUGAGAAUCAACAGCAGCAGCAGCAGCAGCAGACUCAGCCACAACCAUCAGCAACAAUUAGGCCCAUUGUUCCGGCUACUCGUCAGGUUUCGCUACCACCUAGUAGCUCAUCAUCUAAUAAACAAAUUAUUCGAACCCCCGGACUUUCUGUUCAAAAGCCGUCUACUCCAACUGUGUCAAUAAUUCGUCCUAGAAUAAGUGCAGAUGUAAUAGGACUCAGUGGAAGUCGGGCGAAGACGACCAAUCCUCUGCCUCCUGUUAGACUUCCUACAAGUUUUGUUAGACCGCUUGCUGCUUACAUUCCCAAUCCGGUGUUUUGUGCUAAUCCUAGAGCCUCAGGACUCUCCGUCAUACGCCCCAUUGCUGUUCCUACAGCUUCUCAUCAAAACCAAGAAGACAAAGGUGUUGAGAUAAUUGAAGUAGAUGGUAGUAAUCCUCAACCUCCUCCCAGGCCCGUUAUUGUGCCGACACCGUCAAAUCGAAUGUCUCUCCCCAAUCUACCGUAUUCAACAGGAACUUAUGUGACUACUACUACUACUACUACUAAUCCUGAUAUGCCGACGUUAGGUGUUAUCUCACUCCAAAAACAGGAAGAUAUGGAAGUAAUUGAAAUUGAUAAAGAGUGA